UUACCUGUAUAUUGGUACCGCAUUUACUUUGAUCCACGUGUAUGGAGCUCGACGGUGACAACUGCUACUACCCCUCCUCGGGCCACUACCUAGCCAUUGACGUGACCGAUCUCACCUUGUGGGAUCCGAUCAUCCAAAGAGUGGAGGUGGAAGGGGUAGCUGACGACGAGGAGGAAGAAAGAGAAGAGGAAAGCGAAGAGGAAGAAGAAGAAGACUCAGACGCGGAAACCGACGAUCCCGAUUACCACGAGUCAGAGGAGAGUGAGUUGGGAGGGAGUGGGUCGGGCGAAUCAGACAGCCCCAGUGAGCAGAGCAAGAAAGGGGACGAGGUGGCAGCCCAGAGGAGGCGAGAGAGGGCGAAAGGAAAUCGGGCAGUGGAGGAAUCAGACGGGCUAGCAACGCGGCUGUCACAAAGUGAUCCGGCGCGCAAUCGAGAGACUCCGCAGGAGGAAUCCGGAGGAAAUGGCGUCGCCACCGAAAGUAAGAAGGAGAAGCGAGAGCACAAUGCUCGGCUGGAAGCCAUGAUGAGGAACAUGCGACCCAUUGCGUUUGAUAUCCAUCCUCGCCUUUCCUACUGUCUAACGACCCUUGUUGUCCCCGACAUUCAUCCCCCACACUGGCAACUGUGGCGCGAAGACUUCGUCGAGCUUUCACUGUGCUUAGUCGAGGUACGGCUGACGUGGACCGAGGACGAGGCGCGCCCGCCUUGCAUAGAGCACCUGGAGUUGCUGUUCAUCCAGGCUUGGCGAACCAACGUGGAGGGAGAACUCCUCGCAUUUCUGUUUGGCGCAGUACGGCCCGGACAUCAGGAACUCAUCGCGCACGAGCUCGCGAUCCCGGUAGCGCAGCUGGCGGACGAGCUCCCUCUCGACAUCAUCUCGCAAGACGAUGAGCAUCCGAUUCCUCAUGUACUUUCUCGCACGUUGACGCCGUAUCUCCAGUGGUCGGCUUGUGUGGAAGGAGCCGCAGAGCGCAUCCCGCCGUCGCAGCAGCAGUAUUUGGAUCCCCGGACGGUUUGUGAUCCUGCCUUCUUCAGGCACCCAACGGCAGAGCAGCUUGUUGCCAUUCGAGAGGAAGAGGAGGAGGAAGAAAGCACUGAGAGUGACAAAGGAGAACACGAGCGGGAAGAAAGUGGGGAAAGUGACGAAGUACUCGGGGAAGAGGACGAAACCCCCGAAGAAGGAAGUUAUAGCGAGCACAACGAGGGGGAGCAGAGCGAAGAAGAAGAAGAAGACGACGAAGGAAAAGAGGAGAACGAAGAAGGACCUACGGAAUCGGAGUGGGAAGCUGCGCUGGAAGAAGCGCUGCGCACGGGCACGGAGGCUGAAGAUCCGAAGGCGGCCCGCAAAAGAGAAGAAACCGCGGCCGGGAAAAGGGAACUAGAAUUUGUGAGCGGGGCAAGCUUACACGUCCACGACGACCCAAACCAAGAUCCGGAGCCGCCCCGACCAGAACAUGGCGACCUCACGGCCACGACUCCGACCCUAUCAACGCGGCGACGGAGCCGAUCCCCCUCCUCCCCAACUCGUCCCCCAGUUCGCCGACGUACCGAUAUGGGCGAUCGGUCUUCGUCCCUGAUUACUCUCUCGCCGUCCUCUUGACUACCUCACCCUCCACCAGCUCACCAUCCCCAUCACGU